CUCUUCUGUAAACUCGUCGGACUGCUCGCCGUUACCAAGAACACACUUCUCUGCGCGCGCUCUGUCUCCCUGAGCCCGUGCGUAAACGUAGAGUGGAAAAUGAACUCUGUGGUGAAAUGGGCGCUCGUCUUCCUUGUGUUCGUCUCCAUCGUCCUUAACAUCGUUCUGAUUGGCAAUCCCUCCAGCAGGGCACCCAAAUGUUCCGCUCAGCGCGUCCACCCGCUGCGGGGCAAGCACGACGACCACAGCCUUGUGUUCGCGGACCUCACCCAGGAGGAGUACUCGCAGGUCCAGCAGUACAUGCUCCAUCAGAAAGACUUGGACAUAUCCACCAACCAACUCACCAAACCAUCUGAAAAUUUCUUGUUCUUAAUAGACCUCUCCUUGCCAAAGAAAGCUGACGCACUGGCUUACUUAGACGGCAAUGGUCCCAAGCCAGUGAGGGGGGCGACGGUGGUCGUGUUCCACGGGGCCCAGGGCUACAUCAAGGAGUACCUUGUGGGGCCUCUUCCUAACCCCACAGCCCACAGAGAUGUCACCACAGAGAGGUACAAGACGGAGCUGCCCAUCAAUGCGCGCACGGUCACUGUCGGUGAAUACGCUUUGCUUUUCCGGUUGUUGGAGGUCGAAGUUUUUUCCCAGCUGGAGAAGCUCCUGAAAGAGAGUUUCAACGCUGAGGGCAAGAAGCUGAACGCGUUUGAGCAGAUGCCCCGCGGAGUCCGGUCCGGGGACAGACAGACCUGGAUCGCCUUCCACAGGGAUGUUAGCAGCAUGUACAUCCACCCGGUGGGCUUCGAGGUGCUGGUCAACCACAAGAGCGUCAACGCGUCCGACUGGAAGGUCGAGCGGCUGCUUUAUAACGGUCAAUACUUUGACACUGUGGGAGAUCUUCAAAAGAAAUAUGACAGUGGCUCCGUCGAGAAGAUAGUAUACAAGAAGUCCCUUGAUUAUGGCUCUCUGAAACCCAGGAACAAGCCCCUGCAAGUGGCCCCGCAGCAGUUUUACAUGGAGGGGAAGCGCUUCAGCGUGAACCACAACCAGGUCCUGUACCUGGACUGGAGCUUCGCCUUCGGGAUGAGCUCUCUCACGGGCAUGAGGGUGUUUGAUGUUCGGUUCAAGGGUGAGAGGAUCGCCUACGAGCUGAGCGUGCAAGAGGCCAUGUCGGUGUAUGGCUCCGUAACACCGGGGAUGAUCAUCACCAAGUUUUUUGAUUCAAGCAUCGGUAUAGGGCGCUUUGCGCACGAACUGGUCCGUGGCGUGGAUUGUCCCUACGCCGCCACCUACGUUGACACAUAUCGCUACAUCGAUGUCCCAGUCCCCGUCAGAUUCAGGAAUUCGAUCUGCAUCUUUGAGCACAACAUGGGUCAGCCCCUGCGGAGGCACUUCGCGGACUUUUUCCACAACAGUUAUGGAGGGAUGGUGAACAGCGCCUUAGUGAUCAGAACGAUCACAGCUAUAGGAAACUACGACUACAUGUGGGAUUUCAUCUUCUACCAGACCGGAGCAGUGGAGGCCAAGGUGCACGCCACUGGCUACAUCUCCUCCUCUUACCUGGUGAACGGCAGUCUGAGACACGGGCACCAGGUGGCGGAAAAUGUCCUGGGAAACAUCCACACCCACUUCAUCAACUUCAAAGUGGACUUGGAUUUGUUGGGAGUGAAGAAUGUAUUCCAGACGAAAGACAUGGAGUUUGUUAACGUGUCUCUGCCAUGGAUGCCUGAUCACUAUGCUAUGGUCCCUCAGCUGGUGGAGAAUCAACUCAACACAGAGAAGGAGGCAGCCCUGCGUUACAACACCAAGACUCCUCGCUACCUCCAUAUCGCCAGUGACAAGUUGAACCGCUGGGGUCACCAGCGUUCCUACAGGCUGCAGGUGUACAGCUUUGCAGGUGACCCCCUUCCAGAGAGCCAGGCUGAGGAGAGGGCCAUGUCGUGGGCCAGGUAUAAGGUUGCCAUUACAAAGCAUAAGGACUCAGAGCAGACCAGCAGCAGUCUGUACAAUCAAAACAACGUCUGGACUCCAGCUGUUGACUUCAGCAAGUACAUUGAAGACAACGAAAGCAUUGAAAAUGAGGACCUGGUUGCCUGGGUGACUGCCGGUUUCCUCCAUAUACCACAUUCAGAGGACAUCCCCAAUACGGUAACUGUGGGUAAUGGGGGUGGGGUCCUGCUGCGGCCCCACAACUACUUUGAUGAGGAUCCAUCCAUAAACUCUCCUGAUGGAGUGUACUUUGGCCCCGGCAGCGAGACUAGCUGUGACACCAACAGGAUGGCCUGCCUUGCUCAAGAGCCCUGCAGCCCCGUGCUAGAGCCCUUCACUUACCAUGGCUUUGAUGGAGUCAUGAAGUUUGAGGAUUGGGUCUGAUUUAUUGACCACUGCUAGGUAAUAGCUUCCCAGACUUGGGGAUUUCAGAGAUGGGCUGAUUCAGUAAUCUAUGCAUAAAGACGUAUGUGCCAGUUUGAACAUGAUUAUAGAGGCAAAUUGGGAUGGUUCAUUAUUUGUGCUGCAUGUGUUUUAAAGCUGCACUGUAGACAAGUAAUUGAGCAAAGGAAUGUUUCAUUAUUUUGGAGAAUAUGUUAAUGAGCUUUUUUCUGGGUGUGAGAAUAUUGAUACCACACUCAUACCUGUAUGUCAGACCUAGAAUCGGGAGGUGGUUAGCCUAGCUUAGCAUGAAGACUGGAAGCAGGAGGAAACAGCAAGCCUGGCUCUGUCCAAACUUAAUAAAUACGCCCAUCAAGGAUGGGGAUAAACAUAAAACUUCAGAAAAAUUGAAUAAACCAGAAAUUCAUUUUUGUGCUUUAAUAACCAACCAACAAUGCCCUGCACUACCAGUGUUUUGGAAACUACAGUUUUCCCAUUAUUAAUGUUCACUACUACUGGAGGCACAACGUUAACAACAACACUUUCAUUUCAUACAUUUCAUUUCAUUUAGCUGACGCUUUUAUCCAAAGCGACUUACAAUAAGUGCAUUCAACCAUGAGGGUACAAGAAUCAAGAAAGUACAACUUUGUUCAAGAAAGCCAAACUAC